ACACACACACACUCCACAGAGCCGGUGCGCGCGCGCUACUCCCGCCGCAGUGUGCAUGUGCUUCAGAGUCUUCCCGAUCCUACAGCACGCGCAUACCUGCAGCCUCCUGCCGUACAGCGCACAUUUAGAGCGUUUGCACGUGAAAAUUCACGCUGUCACAUCAUAUUCUUAUAAUAUGAUGAGCUAUUAAACUUGCCAUACGGCACCCUAUGAUGCAUUCUUUAAAAUAAUACGUUAAAUCUAACGCUUUAGGUUCACGACACCUAGAGAGCCACCUGUCCGGGAAUGUAGCGGACACCGUCCGCUCCUGGGCUCCUGGGCUCGCGAGAACUCCCUUUCCUUCCUUGUUGACUGCCUGGCGCUCUUGCAACGAGAUCCCAUUAUGCUGUUGGCCAGUCAUCAUGGUCCUGCCUGAGGGGCGACAGGACUUGUCAAAGUGCAUGAGGUCAGCUCCCAGACAAGAUGGGGACAGAGAGUUACACUCAGCAGCUCCAGCUGGAGACAAGUGAUGGGGCUGGUACGAUGGGUAGCAUCACCAGGGUGGAAGGGCCAAUAGGAGAAAGUGUCGACACUGGGUGGCACAUGCCAUAUCCAGUCGGUUUCCAAGUGUCACUUACCUGCUUUCUCUUACUGGAGCUGGUGCUGGGCUUUAGCAGUAACCUGACAGUGCUAGUGCUUUACUGCUCCCAGUCCAGCCUGGUCGAUUCUGUGAGUAACAUGGUAACGGUCAACCUACAUGUCCUAGACAUUGUUGUGUGUGUGCUCUGUGUACCAUUAACAAUUGUUGUUGUGCUGCUGCCGACGGGUCGCAACCUGGAACUUAUCUGCUGCUUCCAUGAAGCUUGUGUCACAUUUGCAAGCAUCUCCACAGCCAUUAAUGUACUAGUCAUCAGUUUGGAUCGCUAUGACAUCUCUGUGCGGCCUGCUAACCGGUUCCUCACUCCACGGUGGGCAGCGCUUCUGUUGGCUGCUGUAUGGGCCGUGUCUCUUGCAGUUUUCUUUAUCCCAUUCAUAGAGGUGGACUUUUUCUCGUCAGAGCCAGAGAAUGGGUUGGCGAGCAGCACCUUGGCACCAGCUUGGCGUAACAGGACACUACUUUGUUUGGGAGGACAAGGUUAUUACUCAGCUCUAGGAAUGUACUACCACAUCAUACUGCAGGUGCCCAUUUUCUUUGUAACAGUAGUGGUCAUGCUCUUUACUUAUUCAAGAAUACUUCGAGCACUCAACAUUCGUAUUGGAUCGCAUAUGAGGAGAAGUCAGCGUCGUAGCGGAACAACCUGUAGAGUGCGACAGAGGAGACAGAAAAAAAAGGGGGGCUCAGCAGAUAUUGAGGGAGGAGCCCAAGCAACUAACCAGACCAAGCAACUGACACAUCCUCCGCUUAUCUCCUCUCCAGUUCCAACCCCAACAGCAACGUCACCUCCACCUCUGUCCUCCACCCCACUGGUUAGUGCCAGCACUGUGACACCACCUGCUCCAGCCGUAGGUGUUCAGGCUUCAGUUUCAGCUAUCAUUGCUCUUCGCAGAGCAGUAAGGCGGCACAGAGAUAGGCGAGAGCGUCAGCGACGGGUCUUUAGGAUGUCCCUCAUUAUUAUAUGCAGCUUCUUAGGCUGUUGGGCACCUAUAUCUGUGGCAAACAUUCUCAUCCUGUCUCUAGGUCCCAGUGAUGCUCUUGUUCGAGUGCGGCUGUGGUUUUUGGCCAUGGCCUAUGGCACCACUAUAUCUCAUCCAAUGCUGUAUGCAUUCACAAGGCAGAAGCUCCGCCGGGCUCUCAGGGCCAAAGUAAAGAAGCGGGUGGUGUCCUUGCUACAAGUGGACCCUUCCCCAGGUGGAACUGUCAUCCACAAUUCCUGGGUAGAGCCAAGACAGGGACGUAAGUUUCGUUUAGAAGGCAGUGAUGCUACAGAUCGGUGUCUAACAGAACCACUUUAAAAUCAAGCAUCAAGAACAUUGGUUCAUAUAUUCAUCCAGUAAUGAAAGAACAUCAAGAAAAGAAAUUGUGUUGUGACCUUAUUAGGCAGAGUUUGAAGUGGGCUACCCCUGUUAAAUAAAGAGGUCACAAUGAACACAAUCAGUGGACUAAUAAUCAGUGGGUUCUUUGCAAGUUUGUGCAGAUUUACAGUGUUAAAAAUGUUCACUUAUUUAUUAUUUUGCUCAUAUUGAAAGCAUUAUUUUAAAUGUCAAACUUUUAACAAUAAGCUGGAAUAUUACUGAAAGAUCUAUUUUAAACUUGCUUUAAUUUAUGGUAUACAUUUUUAUUGCAAACACCAGUACCUAUUUAUUUGUUUGUUUGUUUAUGUAAUAUACUGUAAUAUACAAACUGAAAUUGUGCAAUAUGAAUUUUAUUUAUUUAGGCAUAACUGUGCAUAUCAUAAGAUAUUUUACAGAAUUGUAUAACAGUCAGUAAUAAGCUAAGCUGCAAUUUUUGCAACUUGCAGUCAAAUGGAGAAUGGCACAGGUGUGCCAAUUAAGCAGCUUAUUUGUUUGUUAACUAGCAUUCUUGUUCGAGUUAAGGCACAGAAACCACCUCUGGGCCUCUCCUUAGCAACUGUUGUUUAUGGAAUUUUACUAUCACCAGCGAAGCAUGAGGAGAGCAUGAGAAGAGGGCUGAUGCAAAAGCUCAAGCGCUCAGUUAUCUAGACUUAACCCUGGCCACCUCUUAUACACCUACACAUUUGUUCACACUGAGUUAGAUAUGUACUUUGAAUGUGGACUCACAUCCAUGUUUACAUAAUGGUACAGUAAACUUGCUCUUUGAGAGUACUCAACAAGGCACUAAUCUUCAAUAGCAGCUUACAGUAAAAUAAAUGUACAAUAACUAUACUUCAUCAUUUAGAUGCAUGUGAAAGCAUUCUCUAAUACAAGGGCAAAAACAUUCCACACCAUGCCUUAUAUCUCUUUACAAGAGUACUGUGGGAAUGAAUGUGCUGUUUAUUUUACACAUGGACAUUCCACAGGGAAUGAAAGUGUUCCUAAAUGCUACAUUAUUUCUCACUAAUUACUUUUGCAAAGAACAUGACUGUUCUGCAAAGGAAAGUCUGACUCCUGCUUGGGAGAUGAUAAGUUCUUCUGUUGAUUUAUUUUUGGAAUUUUGAAACCUCAAAAUGAAGGUGUACACCCCGGCUAAUGCUGGGUUUAUUUUAGUGUACCAGGUUAGUUUUAGUUUUAGUGUGCAUUGCCGAGGGUCAGGGUACAUACUAGCAAUUAAACACAAGGGAUGUUAGCAUAUUUAUUUAUAAAUUUAUUCUGAGUCAGUAAAUGUAUAGUAGAUGCUAAUCACUGUACAUACAUAAAUGUUUAUCACCACAGUGUAGUAUGUUGUAAGUCUAAAAGACAGUACCAGGUUUACAGCAUCAGUAUCAGAAAACACAACACUAGGCAGGUCCGUAAGCAAGUUGAAUAUUAAACUCUACCUGCAAAAUACCUCACAUGCCCUCAGAACAUUAACCGUGUUGAAAAUUGUGAUCUUUCCAGUGGGCUCAGUGAAUAUCGUCUAUGGAAUAAGGUCAAUGACUUGUCAAUGAAUCCAAACUUUGUAUAGUUAUAUUCCAAUUGUGAUAUGUGGGCUAUAUAUGAUCAUUAUAUUUGAUAAUUGGUGCAUAAGACUAGAUUAGCUUUCCUUAGCUGUCACUGAGAAUAUAUUAUGAAGAAAAACUAAAGGGGCCUCAUUUGAUUCUGAACAAAAAGAAAUCCCAGGAGGCUUCUGCACACCUCCCCAGACUGAUCACUCAUUAGCUGGUUUCUUUGGAGUCCAUAUGGAGAUGAGAUCGGGGAGGGAGGGAGGUUUUAUUUUCCAUUACAUUAUUAAUUGUCAGUGGCACAAGCUCGACGGGAUCAGAGUAUAAUCUUGUUGAUUAUUUACAAAGUUUCAUUUACACAGCAUUGAAUCAGAUGUACAUCCUUUGACCAUGCACUGCAUGUUCUAUAAUACUGUAAUUAUUGUACAAUAAUGUCAUUGUGCUGUUUUAAUGUAUGUUUGAAA